GAACAAAAAAAUAAUUCUCCUAAUCAGCAAAGAGAUAAUGAUACACCCCCUCCUGAGGAUAGUCCUCCUUCCGACAAUCCCAAUGGCAAAUUAAGCCAAGCAGAAUUAAAAAAAUAUCUCUUAGAAAAAAGGUUAGAUUUACAAAAAUAUUUUGUGUUUAAUUUAGGGGAAUUAGAAAAAGGAAAUGUCAAUUUGGUAGGAUUGUCAGCGCUUAACAUAAGGAAGAAUAAUAAUAUUCUUGCCAAUCAUUUGACAGAUUUAGCAAAGAAGUUUGAUAAAAGCAACAAAUUAAGAAAAAAGUUUGUAAGAUUGCUUGAUAGUUCGGGCGACAAUGUUGUGCCAGAAUACACAGGGGAAAAAUUGGAUGAAAAGAUUGAAAAUAACAAAGAUAUUUACAUUGUUUUUGACAAAAAUAAUGAUGCUGAUUACAAGGGGAGCAUGCCCCUUUUUAAUUUUAAUGAGACUGAUGUGACUAUAGACUUAACAUCAGUAGAAAUGAAUCCUUAUUGUGAAUGUGGAAUUUUAGAAAUCUUAAACGAAUGUAAUUGUGAAAACAACCAAUUAUCACUAAUAAGAAAUACCGAAACCAGUUUAAUUAGAGUUCAAGCCGAAAAUUCUACAGAAAAACAAAAUGAAAUUAACGAAUUAACCCGCCAACUUACAAAUUUACAAAUAGAGAACAACAGAAAUAAAGACAAAAUUAAAGAAUUAAAAGGUGAAUUAGGACAAUCCCAAGAGGAAUAUUUGAAUCAGAAAAUAGGGAUAAAGCAAGAAAAAUUGGAAAUUUUGGCUCAACAAUUAGGUAUUAAUCAAGGACAAAUUGAUAAUUUGAAAAAUGCUUAUCAGCAAUUAAUUGAGGCUCUCAAAAAUUUCAACCAGGCUAAUAUAAAUGCUGCUAAUGCUAAUGUUAAUAACCUGAGGGCAGUUCUCGCGACCACCCCGGCUAAUAGACAAAAAUUUUGUCGAAAGUGCGAAAAAUUGGUUAAGUUAGAAAUUGAAUUAAACAAAGUUUAUCAACAACAAUUUGAAGCACGACAAGAAGUUCCGCCUCGCCAAUAA